CUCUUGCCAUUGCCACGGUUCAGUCACACGUUGCUGCCCGUCUCCUAUACUUCAUACCAUGUGAAGCCAUGAAUGUGAAACCCUCCAGCUAUUGGUAUGCUACUACUGCUGUGCCAAAUUUUCUCUGAGUGACACCACUGGGUAUACGUAAGGCGGCACCAUAUCUAGGUAACGGCGACGGGCGGCGGGGUCGACAGCAUCAAAACAUCACCCAGACUGAGUUUCUGCAACAGAAUAAUCUAACAAUGGCUGAGUUCAAAACUCCCACUGUCAAUAGGAUGAAAAAGACUGAGGACGUCACUGGGACCCCCAAGAUUGUGAUACCUCCCUCCCCCCUCAUGAAGCAGCUCGGCUAUGGCACUGGUGUGAAUGUGUAUCUAAUGGAGCGCUUCUCACCCAUGCAUGGGAACUACAAAUCUCCUUGGGCUGUAAAGAAAAGAAAUAGAAUGAUAAAGGAUGACCAAGGUGAGUACUUAAAAAGGCUGAACACUGAAGCAAAUCUGCUGAAGACCAUGAGUCAUCCAAACAUCAUUGGCUUCCGGUCCUACACAGUGCAGAAAGACGGUUCUCCAUGCCUGGCCAUGGAGAGUGGUGACCAGUCCUUGGAGAACUUAAUUGAAAGGAGGAGAGAAGAGGCUGGUUUGGAUCCAUUCCCCUCCAUUCAGAUUUUAAAGGUGGCAAGGGAUAUGGCGUGUGGUCUACAGUACCUGCAUGAAAAGAUGAAGUUACUGCAUGGUGACCUCAAGAGUGGCAAUGUUCUCAUCCAGGGUGACUUUAAGGCUGCAAAACUCUGCGACUUUGGAGUAUCCCUGAAGCUGAAUGAAAAGGGGGCACUGUGUGAUCCAGCCCAGUAUUAUAUUGGGACCGAGUGUUGGUCAGCACCAGAAGUCUUUGAGGAAGGCAUCAUAACUCAGAAGACUGACAUGUUUGCCUUUGGACUUGUUUUGUGGGAAAUGAUAACCCUCCGUGCUCCCCACGUUGAUAAGCUUGAUUCAGACUUCAGUUCUGAUGAACUCUCAGAGAGUGAUCUCUCAGACAGUUUACAAGAGGAGGAAUAUCUCAAAGCCUUGGGUACACGGCCAUAUCUGCCAGACAUUCCUUUGACUGAAGAUUACCUCCAAGUGCUGGAGAUCUUUUAUGCAUGCACUGAAACUGAGCCAGACAAGCGUCCCACUGCAGCCAAGAUUUUACACAUUUUAGAGAGCAUAGUGAAAAAAAAAGAUAAUACAAAUACAAAAGGCAAGUGAA